GAAAAUGUGGCACAAGUUACAGCGCAUAGCAAUUUGCUGUCUAGUUAUAGCUAGUGCAAACGCUGAGGAUAAUGAUGCAGAUAAGCUUUUUCGGGAUAUGGAAGUGGUGCCGGAUAUAUUUGAGGAGUCGCCAAAAGAGUUGCUGAAGGUUACAUACGAAAAUGGUCUAGAUGUGGGCGGCGGCAGAGAAUUUACACCCACCGAAACGAAAGAUGAACCAAAAGUGGAUUGGACCGCUGAACCAGAUGCAUACUACACACUUAUAAUGAACACUUUGGACUUUUGGGUAUAGAUUACAGAUGUAAAUAUAUGUAAAUAAUGAAAAUUUAGCAUAUAGAGGUGCAUUCAAAAAUAUUUAGAAACAUUUAUUUAAGACCAGAAAGAAAUUUAUGGGUUUCUAUCUUAUAACACAUUUGAGCCGUGUCUACAUAAGUACUUUUUUUACCAAUGUUGACAAGAGCUGGACACACAC